AUAGCUAAAAAGAAACAGGAGCAAGACACCAACCAUGAGCUCCAGCCGGCCAGGGGUCUGCCCAUGCCAGGCUUCCGCAGCCCGCCCGACUAUUCUGUACGCCCUGCUGAGCCCCAGCAUCAGGACCAGGCCCAUUGCACCCGCAUCUCGCAGCCACUGCCUGUGCCAGCAGCACCGGCCUGUCCGCCUGUGUGCUCCACACCGCACCUGCCGCGAGGCCUUGGAUGUCCUAGCCAAGACAGUAGCCUUCCUCAGGAACCUGCCUUCCUUCAGUCACCUGCCCCAUGAGGAUCAGCGGCGGCUGUUGGAGGGUGGCUGGGGCCCUCUUUUCCUGCUUGGGUUGGCCCAGGAUACUGUGACCUUUGAAGUGGCUGAGGCUCCGAUGCCCAGUAUACUUAAAAAGAUCCUGCUGGAGGAACCCAGUAGCGGUACCCAGGGUGCCCAGUUACCAGACCGGCCACAACCCUCGCUGGCUGCUGUGAGGUGGCUGCAGCGCUGCCUGGAGUCUUUCUGGAGCCUUGAGCUGGGUCCCAAGGAGUAUGCCUACCUGAAAGGAACCAUCCUCUUCAACCCAGAUGUGCCAGGCCUCCAUGCCUCCUGCCACAUCGCUCACCUGCAGCAGGAGGCACACUGGGCUCUGUGUGAAAUCCUGGAGCCCUGGUACCCAGCUAGCCAAGGCCGCCUGGCCCGAAUCCUCCUCAUGGCCUCCACUCUCAAGAACAUUCCGUGCAGCCUUCUGGUAGACCUCUUCUUCCGUCCUAUCAUCGGAAAUGUUGACAUCGCCGAACUGCUGGAAGAAAUGCUUUUGCUGAGGUGACCCAAAGAAUGCAGUCCAGUGCUUUCAAGGCAGCAGUCAGCU